GUGGGAGCCCCAUGUGGCAGAGGGGCUGCCACCACCAAGGGGGAGGCGGAGGGCCCGAGAGCAGAGUGCUGAAGACACCGCCGCCAUCCUCCUCGCCUGCUCCGGCGCCCUCCUAAACACGCUCCUCGCCUAAGGAUCCUCCCCUUCCAGCUCUUGCAAACACCCGGCUCCUCGCCUGCGGAUCCUUCUUGGACGCAGGCUCACCGCAAAGGAAGCUGCGAGGUGUCCGAUUUGCACACGUGAAGCCCGAGAUCCAGGGCGGUGGACGCCAGGCAAGACAUGAAAACCCCCAACUCGCAGGAGGCCGAAGGGCAACAAACCAGGGCAGUCGCAGGACGGGCCACUGGGUCUGCAAACAUGACGAAGAGAAAAGCCUCCCAAAAGAAGCAGAGAGGCAGACCUUCGUCCCAGCCCCGCAGGAACAUCGUGGGCUGCAGGAUUUCACACGGAUGGAAGGAAGGCGAUGAGCCCAUCACCCAGUGGAAAGGAACCGUUCUGGAUCAGGUGCCUAUAAAUCCUUCUCUUUAUCUGGUGAAAUAUGAUGGAAUUGACUGUGUCUAUGGACUGGAACUUCACAGAGAUGAAAGAGUUUUGUCUCUUAAAAUUCUUUCCGACAGGGUGGCAUCAUCUCAAGUCAGUGAUGCAAACCUUGCAAAUACCAUAAUUGGUAAAGCUGUGGAACAUAUGUUUGAGGGUGAGCAUGGUUCUAAGGAUGAAUGGAGAGGAAUGGUCUUGGCCCAAGCACCUAUCAUGAAAGCCUGGUUUUAUAUUACCUAUGAGAAAGAUCCUGUCUUGUACAUGUACCAGCUUCUAGAUGAUUAUAAAGAAGGAGACCUCCGUAUCAUGCCAGAGUCCAGUGAGUCUCCUCCAGCAGAGAGGGAGCCAGGAGGAGUUGUAGAUGGCCUGAUAGGUAAACAUGUGGAAUAUACCAAAGAAGAUGGCUCCAAACGGAUCGGCAUGGUCAUUCACCAAGUGGAAGCCAAACCCUCCGUGUAUUUCAUCAAGUUUGAUGAUGAUUUCCAUAUCUAUGUCUAUGAUUUGGUGAAAAAGUCCUAAC